AUGCCGCAACCCAAAUCGAAACACUCGGUCGGGCUCGGCAACUCGCUGAUGAAUGAUAGGUUCGGAAAAGGAAAAGGAAAAGGAUCAGAUCGUAAGAAGACCGAGGGAGUCACAAGAAUCAACCAUGCGACCGGCGAGGAAUAUGUCACCAACGACCGCAAGGAGGCAUCAUGGGUCAAGAUGCGCUCCGUUACUCAACAGUCAGCCAUGGACGAGUUUCUGUCGACCGCCGAGCUUGCUGGGACUGAUUUCACAGCCGAGAAGAUGAACAACGUCAAGAUUAUCCACACCGACCAGCGAAACCCCUAUUUGUUGUCGGCGGCCGAAGAGAGGAAUGUCCGUGGAAAGCACAAGCAACACAGGUCGAGAUUGACGGUGCCCCGACGGCCAAAGUGGGACGACAGCACAUCGCCUCAGGAGUUGGAUGUGCUAGAACGCGAAAGCUUCUUGAACUGGAGGCGAGGUUUGGCCGAGCUUCAAGAGAACAACGAUUUGCUCAUGACACCCUUCGAGCGAAACUUGGAAGUGUGGAGGCAACUGUGGAGAGUCAUCGAGAGGUCAAACCUCGUCGUACAGAUCGUGGAUGCGCGAAACCCGCUGCUAUUCCGAUCCGGGGAUCUGGAAGCGUAUGUGAAGGAUGUUGAUCCGAAAAAGGAAAACUUGUUGCUGGUCAACAAGGCCGAUAUGAUGACGCUGAGGCAGCGAAAGGAGUGGGCCAAGUACUUCAAAGAGAAAAAGAUUGCGUAUCGUUUCUUCUCAGCGCAUCUGGCUAAGGAGUCGCUCGAGGCAAGGGAAUUUGAUGAUUCCGAGGACGAUACUCAAAUUGGCCAGAGCUCCAGUUCUAACCCCAAGCCUACACCCAAAGAGGCGCUGGAGGACUCUUCUGAGAAGGACAGUGUAGCAUUGGAAGAUGAGGAGAGUGGUGAGGAGAAAGCCGAGACAGUAGGAGCUCCUCUCAACGAAACACAUGACGACGAUGACACAAGUAUUUUGACGGUUGAGGAACUGGAAGAUAUAUUCCUCCAAUAUGCUCCGGAUCCUAAUCCUGACAAUCCAGAUCAGAAGCUCGAAAUUGGUUUAGUGGGAUAUCCCAAUGUUGGAAAAUCCUCUACAAUCAACGCACUUAUUGGCGCCAAAAAGGUUUCGGUGUCUUCGACACCCGGAAAAACCAAGCAUUUCCAAACCAUUCAUCUGAGUGACAAGGUCGUAUUGGUAGAUUGCCCAGGUCUUGUUUUCCCCAAUUUUGCAACCACCAAAGCAGACCUCGUCUGCAACGGUGUGCUGCCAAUCGACCAGCUCCGUGAGUACUCGGGCCCAGUAGGUCUUGUCGCACAGCGGAUACCACAGCCGUUCCUCGAGGCUAUAUAUGGUAUCAACAUCCGCACACGCCCAAUCGAAGAAGGAGGCUCAGGCCACCAGACGGCCAGUGAGGUCCUGUCUGCAUACGCCAAAGCGCGAGGUUUCCAAACCCAAGGUGUCGGUCAGCCUGAUGAGUCGCGAGCCGCGAGGACCGUCCUCAAAGACUACGUCAACGGCAAGCUUCUAUACUGCGAGCCGCCACCAGGCUACCCCGACGCCUCCGAGUUCAACCGCGAGCUCUACGACGCGGCGCAUCUGCCCGAAAAGCGACGCGCCGCGCUACAAGCCGCCAUGGAGGCUCUGGAUAUGCCCGAUGACGCUACGCUCGACACGGAGAUUAUGGCCCUCCCUGCGGGCGCCAAGUCAAAGAAGCUGGACAAGCAGUUCUUCGCUACGAGUGGUGCCAAUGCCGGACACAUGAGCAUGCCUUUCAGCUAUAAAUAUACGCAGCAAGGAAAGAUCGCUGUGGGCGUAGACGGAAUGCCUCUGAGUAGCCGUAAAGCUAGGGCGUUGAUUGCCGCAGAGACGGGUGUGGACCCCAAGGAUGUCCAGCUGGGGAGCGGGAAGAAGCAUUUCAAGGGCAGGGCGAAGGGAAAGGGAAAGAAGACGGAUGACGUGAAGGGCUUGAAGGACUAA